AUGGCCAAGGUGCCCAACCAGGUGGUGCAACGCCAGACUGAAGGUGGCAUGGAAAGUCGUCCUAACAACUAUUGUAUUUCUUCAAUCUGUAUUACUUUGCCAGCUCCUCAGAUUACCAGUCCCUUGGAGACAGUGGACGCUUUGGUUGAAGAUGAAGCUUCUUUCCUGUGUGGUGUGGACUCAUAUCCAGCAGCUGAGAUAAUCUGGACUCGUAAUAACAUUCCAAUAAGACCAUUUGACACACGCUACAGCACUAAAGAAAAUGGCCAGAUAUUAACUAUCCUCAGUGUUGAAGAUACAGAUAAUGGAGUAUAUUGCUGCACAGCGAACAAUGGUAUAGGGAGCUCUGUGCAAAGCUGUGGAGCCCUGCAGGUGAAAAUGAAACCAAAGAUCACUCGACCACCUACUGAUGUCAGAGUGUUGCUAGGAUCAAAGGUUGUGUUACCUUGUAGUACAAUGGGCAACCCAAAGCCAGCCAUUUCAUGGAUCAAAGACGAAACUGCACUCAAAAAAGAUCGUCCUCGAACCUCUGUCCUUGAGUCUGGCAACUUAAGAAUUCGCAGUGUUCAAAUUGAAGAUGCAGGACAAUAUCGUUGUCUGGCAAGGAACAGUCUGGGCUUGGAGUAUUCCAGAUCAGUAACUUUGGAAGUUCAGGAUUUUAAUAUGACAAAUGCAACCGAGAGAGAAGGAAAUGAAACUCAGCAGGACAUCAAAGUCCCUGCCAGAAUUGUGAAAGCUCCCACAUCGCAGAAUGUCAGUUUUGGGUCGGAGGUGAUUCUGCAAUGCAAAGCCACAGGCUUCCCUAUUCCCACAAUCAAGUGGUUAGAGAAUGGAAAACCAGUUUCCACGGUCUUGAUUGAAAACCGCAUUAAAGGGGAAGUGAUGGAGUCUAGGUUGCGUGUGCACGUUACCAGGCCUUCACUAUUCACUUGCUUGACAACAAACAAACACAAUGAGGGGAGUACAACGGCAAAGGCCACUGCUACACUCGGUAUCACAGAAUGGAGAUUGUACAAAGGUGACUUGGGCUAUUGCAGUACCUAUCGUGGUGAGGUAUGCAAAGACAUACUUGGGAAAGACAAACUCGUUUUCUUCAAUUCUUCUUAUGCCGAUGCAGAGGAGACACAAGAGUCGAUGGCCAGGAGUGCGUGGACAGGAUUGGAUGGCGUCAGCUUGCUGUGCAAACCAGCUGCUGAGGCGUUGCUGUGUCACUUCAUUUACCAGGAUUGCAACCCAUCUGGUUUGGGGCCUGCACCGAAACCAGUGUGUCGUGAACACUGCCUGGCAGUGAAAGAGCUUUAUUGCUACAAAGAGUGGCUCUCAAUGGAAGAACAUUCACGCAAAGGAAUUUACUCUGCAGGUCUGAAGCUACCUGACUGUGGCAGGCUUCCUAGCCUACACCAGAAUCCAGAUGCAUGCACUAAAGUCUCAUUUCUUGGCGUGAAGAGAGGACUCAUUACCAAAGUGUGUUACAGCGACAAUGGAAGGUUCUAUCAAGGUUUGGUAAAUGUGACAGCAUCUGGUAUCCCCUGUCAGAAGUGGAGUGAACAGGCUCCCCAUUUCCACAGGCGUAUGCCAGAGUUAUUCCCAGAACUGACCAACUCGGACAACUACUGCCGUAACCCAGGAGGUGAGAGUGAGCGCCCUUGGUGUUAUACCAUGGAUCGAACAGUCAGAUGGGAAUUCUGCAAUGUGCCUCUGUGUACCAAUGCAAUGCAUUUUGCACGAUGCAGAGAUCUGGACAUAUCACCUCUGGGUCAGAAGCCUGAUGGUUCAAGUCCCCUCCAAAGACAUGAGUACAAAAUCUGGCAUGAUGCUUCUUGUAACACUAAGAAUGCUGUAUAUUUGGAGAUGCCACCUUGUGAAUACAGUGUCAAACCAAAGUACAAUCCAUUCUCUCAGAUUGGAGCCCCUCAGCUGUUGGAACAGGAGACUUCCACUAUGGUGGCCGUGAAGAUGCUGAAAGAAGAGGCUUCGCCUGACAUGCAAGCAGAUUUCCAGAGAGAGGCAGCCCUCAUGGCAGAGUUUGACCACCCAAACAUUGUCAAAUUAUUAGGAGUGUGUGCUGUUGGAAAGCCAAUGUGUCUGCUCUUUGAGUACAUGGCUUACGGAGACCUGAACGAGUUCCUACGCACGAGGUCAGCCAUCAACAUCCGCACCUUAAGUCAGGCCAGUUUCUCGCAGCGGAGUAUUGGCUCGGGCAUGGAUCUGAUCCCCCUCAGCUGCGCAGACCAGCUCAACAUUGCCAAGCAGAUCUCAGCUGGCAUGACUUACUUGUCCGAGCGCAAGUUCGUCCACCGGGACCUGGCCACGCGCAACUGUUUGGUGGGAGAGAACCUGGUGGUGAAGAUAGCAGACUUCGGACUCUCUAGGAAUAUCUACUCUGCGGACUAUUACAAAGCUAAUGAGAAUGAUGCCAUCCCCAUCAGGUGGAUGCCACCUGAAUCUAUUUUCUUCAAUCGUUACACGACCGAAUCUGAUGUCUGGGCUUAUGGCGUGGUCCUUUGGGAAAUCUUCUCUUCUGGCAUGCAACCCUACUACGGCAUGGCCCACGAGGAGGUGAUUUACUACGUCCGAGAUGGGAACAUCCUGUCGUGCCCUGAGAACUGCCCGCCAGAGCUGUACAAUUUGAUGCGUCUCUGCUGGAGUAACAUGCCAUCCGACAGGCCGAGCUUUGCAAGCAUCCAUCGCAUUCUGGAGCGCAUGCAUGAGAGAAUGACACUCACGGUGCCUGUCUAA